AUGACGCAAGAGGAGAAGUCGACCUCCCCUCAAGACAUACAGACAGUCGUCAUUUGCGGGCCAUCCGGGGUAGGGAAGGGAACAAUUAUCAACAGACUGAAGGAGGAGCUGGCUGGGAAGAUCGGCUUCUGUGUCAGCCAUACCACCAGGCAGCCUCGAUCGGGAGAGGUUGAUGGGAGGGAGUACUGGUUCACCAACCAAGAGGAGAUGAGGAACCGAGUGGAGCGAGGAGAGUUCCUGGAAGUCAACGAAGUCCAUGGGGAGCUGUAUGGCACAAGCCGAGCGGCGCUGCUGGACGUCAUGUCCAGGGGUCUGCUGCCGGUGCUGGACGUGGACGUGAAGGGAGCGAGGGAUCUGAGGAGCAGUGGGAUCAAAGGGCUGUACGUGUUUCUCGCUCCUCCUUCCCUCGACCAGCUCGAGAAUCGGCUGAGGCUGAGGAAGACAGAGACAGAGGCGAGCAUAGAGAGGAGGGUGUCGGCAGCGUCUAGCGAGAUAGAAGCGAGCAAAGAAGCAGGGCUGUUCGACGAAGUAGUAGUCAAUGACGUGCUGGAUAAUGCGUUUGAGGUGGUGAAGAGCAAGAUCACGCCUUUCCUGCAAGAUGCAAGACCGAAAAAGGUGAGGUUUCCUGGUUGCAAUCUGUUGACUCUGUUGAGAGAUGGAGGUGAUGGUAGUAGAUGUUGA